CCCUGUAGCGGAGAGAAGGAGAGCGCACUGGGCUGUCACUGCUGCGAAGAAGGGAAAAAGGGGGCUGUGUGAAUGUUGUUUGCCUCCAAGUUUCUUUUUUUUUUCGUGGAAGAACAAAACUCUUGGUGGAGAGUCUCCCUGUAUGGUUCAUCCUUUCAUGUCGUGGCGUGUGUCUGGCAGCGGGUGGAUUUUUAGCUGUUGAUGAAAAGCUUUGUGCACCCCAGGAUUCACCCCGUUUCCUCUUUGUACGCAUCCUUCUCUUCAAGGUGGGAUGAAUUUGGACAGAAUCGCAGAGGCAGUGAGAGCACCGCCGCCCCGCGACGUGGCCCCCGCGUUUCAUUUACCGAGAACUUCAAACAGCAGUCGAGAAACUUUAGAGAACUCAAGCAGCGAGUCUUCAGACACAGAGUUGGCAGAAAAGGAGAGGAGCGCUGAACACAGGAGCGAUGACGGGAACGCGGACGAUCCCAAGAAGAAGAAGCAGCGGCGGCAGCGGACUCACUUCACCAGCCAGCAGCUGCAAGAGCUGGAAGCCACUUUCCAGAGGAACCGGUACCCGGACAUGAGCACCAGAGAGGAAAUCGCCGUGUGGACCAACCUGACCGAGGCCAGAGUCCGGGUGUGGUUCAAAAACCGCCGGGCUAAGUGGAGGAAGCGGGAGCGGAACCAGCAGAUGGACUUGUGCAAGAACAGCUACCUGCCGCAGUUCAGCGGCCUCAUGCAGCCUUAUGACGACAUGUACCCGGCUUACACCUACAACAACUGGCCCAACAAGGGCCUCACCCCGGCGCCGCUGUCCACCAAGAACUUCACCUUCUUCAACUCCAUGAGCCCCCUCACCUCGCAGUCCAUGUUCUCGGCGCCCAACUCGAUCUCCUCCAUGACCAUGGCGUCCGGGAUGGGCCACUCCGCCGUGCCGGGCAUGCCCACCCCGGGCCUCAACAACAUCAGCAACCUGAACGGGAUCGGCACGUCCGGCAUCAACUCGGCCAUGUCGUCGUCAGCGUGUCCGUACGGGCCUCCCGGCUCUCCGUACAGCGUUUACCGGGACACUUGCAACUCCAGCCUGGCCACCCUCAGACUCAAAUCCAAACAGCAUCCGACUUUUGGAUACAGCGGCCUGCAGAGCCCCGGGUCCAGCCUGAACGCCUGUCAGUACAACAGCUGACGGGCCAAACGCGGAGCCUGAAUUUUACAAAUAUAAAUAAAUAUAUAUGUGAUAAACGGACACUGUGUCUGAGCUUAUAGGCUACCUGCGGAUUGGAGGAAAAAAAAUAAAUCAAAGACAACUAAACUGGAUUAGUUGCAGUCAUUUUUCAAACAAAAAAAAAGAAAAGAAAAAAUGGAUUAUGCGGGUUUUAUGUGUUUACCAAUGAACUUGCACAGCAAUUGAAAUGUCCAGGGCUUAUUUUUUUUAUUUUUUUUUUUAAUGAAGACGUGUUACAUUGCUGCAUUGUACAUAUACUGUAUAAAUGUAAAUAUAUACAGGCAUAACAUAUGAAACACGAUGGGAUGUUUUUUUUUUCUUUUUUGUGCUUGCU